AUGGCAAUUGAAAGACGUUGGUCAAAGGGUACCAGUUUUAAGGUGCAAGGAACCAUCUUCCCGGCUCCCAAUUUCAAUCCCAUAAUGGAUGCCCAAAUGCUAGGGGAAGCGCUCCAAGGAUUUGGCUGUGACAAAGACAUGCUGAUCAACAUUCUAACUCAACGCUGUAACACACAAAGGCUGAUGAUUGCAGAAGCAUACCAGAGCAUGUAUGGCCGGGAUCUGAUUGGCGACUUGAAGGAAAAGCUUUCAGAUCACUUCAAAGAUGUUAUGGUUGGCCUCAUGUACCCACCACCAUCUUAUGAUGCUCACGAACUCUGGCAUGCCAUGAAGGGAGUAGGCACUGAAGAGAAUUGCCUCAUUGAUAUAUUAGCUUCAAGAACAAAUGGAGAAAUUUUCCAAAUGCGAGAAGCCUACUGUAUGCAAUACAGCAGUAACCUUCAAGAAGACAUUUAUUCAGAAACCUCAGGACACUUCAGAGACACUCUCAUGAACUUGGUCCAGGGAAACAGAGAGGAAGGAUAUGCAGAUCCCGCUAUGGCUGCUCAGGAUGCAAUGGUCCUGUGGGAAGCCUGUCAGCAGAAGACAGGGGAACACAAAACCAUGCUACAAAUGAUCCUGUGCAACAAGAGUUAUCAACAGCUAUGGCUGGUUUUCCAGGAAUUUCAAAAUAUUUCUGGGCAAGACAUAGUAGAUGCCAUAAAUGAAUGCUACGAUGGGUACUUUCAAGAGCUGCUAGUCGCUAUAGUUCUUUGUGUUCGAGACAAACCAGCCUAUUUUGCUUACAGACUGUAUAGUGCAAUCCAUGACUUUGGUUUCCAUAAUAAAACUUUAAUCAGGAUUCUAAUUGCCAGGAGUGAAAUAGACCUGAUGACCAUAAGGAAACGAUACAAAGAGAGAUACGGAAAAUCCCUAUUUCAUGACAUCAGAAAUUUUGCCUCAGGGCACUAUGAGAAAGCUCUGCUUGCCAUCUGUGCUGGAGAUGCUGAAGACUACUAA